AGCAACACAGAAAGCUGCUCCAAAGCCCUUUCCUUCAAGAGCUUCUUCAUCAAUGGCUGCCCUCGGACCUCUGUUUUUCAUCCUCUUCCUCUGUUUCUUCCCCUGCAACAAUGGCUUCCCUACUCACCGCCAUCCCCAUUCUGCCCACCAUAACUACCGAGACGCUCUCACCAAAUCCAUCCUCUUCUUUGAAGGCCAGAGAUCCGGCAGGCUCCCGCCCAAUCAGAGGAUGACUUGGCGGCGCAACUCCGGCCUCUCUGACGGCGCUGCCAUGAAGGUCGAUUUAGUCGGCGGUUACUACGAUGCCGGCGACAAUGUGAAAUUUGGGUUUCCGAUGGCGUUCACCACCACCAUGCUUUCAUGGAGUGUUCUUGAGUUCGGUGGGUUGAUGAAAGGGGAGCUUCAAAAUGCUAAACAAGCCAUUUAUUGGGCCACUGAUUAUCUCCUCAAAGCCACCGUUCAUCCCGACACCAUUUACGUUCAGGUCGGCGAUGCGAACAAGGACCAUGCCUGUUGGGAGAGGCCAGAGGACAUGGACACUCCCCGAAGUGUUUUCAAGGUGGACAAGAACAACCCCGGAACAGAGGUCGCCGCCGAGACCGCCGCUGCUCUUGCCGCCGCAUCGCUGGUAUUCCGACGGAGUGAUCCUAAUUACUCAAAGCUUCUGGUCAGAAGGGCCAUGAGAGUUUUUGAGUUUGCUGAUAAGUAUAGAGGAUCUUACAGCACUGGUUUGAAAAAAUAUGUGUGCCCAUUUUACUGUUCCUUCUCUGGAUAUCAGGAUGAGCUUCUAUGGGGAGCUGCUUGGCUUCAGAGAGCCACCAAAAACCCCAAAUAUCUCAAUUACAUUCAAGUCAAUGGACAGACUCUCGGCGCCGGGGAGUUCGAUAACACGUUCGGUUGGGAUAACAAGCACGCGGGAGCCCGAAUCCUUCUCUCGAAGGCAUUUUUGGUGCAAAAGAUGCAAUCUCUUCAUGAUUAUAAAGGGCAUGCUGAUAAUUUCAUAUGCUCUCUAAUUCCCGGAGCUUCAUUUUCCUCAACCAAAUACACUCCUGGUGGGUUGCUGUUCAAAAUGAAUGAUAGCAACAUGCAAUAUGUUACAUCAACUUCAUUCCUACUCUUAACUUACGCCAAGUACUUGACCUCCGCCCGCACCGUGGUGAACUGCGGCACGACCAUCACCCCGAAAACCCUCCGUGCCAUCGCUAAAAAGCAGGUGGACUAUCUUCUAGGGGAUAACCCACAAAAGAUGUCCUACAUGGUGGGGUAUGGGGCAAGGUACCCUAAAAGGAUCCAUCACAGGGGAUCAUCACUGCCGUCGAUUGCAUCCCAUCCAGGGAAGAUCCAAUGCACGGCAGGGUUCAGUGUGAUGAGCUCGGCCGCACCAAAUCCAAACUUGCUGAUUGGUGCAGUGGUGGGUGGGCCCGAUAAGAACGACAGGUUCCCAGAUCAACGGUCGGAUUACGAGCAGUCUGAGCCCGCCACGUAUAUGAAUGCACCUCUUGUAGGGUCACUGGCUUAUCUGGCUCACUCUUUUGGCCAGCUCUAAGGGCACUCUCCCUCUAAACUAAGGGAGGGGUACCCCACAUGAUUACUAUUAUUAAUGAAGAAAAAACGUGAGGGCACAUGGCUAAAAGGGAAAGGCUUUGCCCUAUACAUUAUUGACUUGGUUGGGGAGUGGUGGAUUUCGAUGUUUUUUUUUUCGGGUUCUCGAGUCAAAUGAUGAUGUAAGAGUUUAUAAGGAAACGUUUUACGAGCAAAGUUUCGUAGGUAUGAUAUGUUUGAUUUUUACUUAGAUCAUAAAAUGGAAUGAAAGCGUAACGUUAUUAUUAUUA